AUGGAUGGUUGUAGAGUUAGUGUGAUUGUUUAUGGAAGCAAAGAGAUUUCGUUUUCAUUGCACUGGUGUUUGUUCUGGACCAGACUGAGAUCACAAAUCGUUAUUUUAAACACUCCCAAGAAUUGCACACUUUUAUUGCAAGUCCUUGUCCUUAGCUUCAAGAUUUCAUCCCAUUUCCAUGUUUUUCAACGUCUUCACUUCUUCUCUACAACCUCAAAACUUCCUCUUCUAUUUCACACCCAUCACCUGAAACAUCCCUACCACAACCUCGCACCUUCUCUUUCAAUCUCUUCGUCUUUUUCUUCAGGUUCGGUGCUGGAUUCAUGCCAGGACCUUCAGACCCUGAGACAAGUCCAUGCUCGUAUCCUAGUCUCAACUGGGUUCAAACCUCCUUCCCUUCUUUCGAAGGUGAUCACUUUGUAUUCUCGGUUCAACGGCGUCGAGAGCGCUGCUUUGGUUUUCAGAUCAAUACAAGAACCAAAUACCAUGUUGUGGAAUUUGAUCAUAAAGUCUCAUGUCGACUCGGGUCUGCUUGGUUCGGCUCUGUUGCUGUACAAAAAGAUGCUUGAAUUGGGUGUUUCACAUGAUUGCUUCACGUUUCCGAUUGUAAACAGGGCGGUUUUGUUGCUUGGGAGUGAUGCUACAUAUUCAGGAAUGGUUCAUUGUGUGGCAAUUCAGAUUGGUUUUGGAAUGGAUGUAUAUGUUGGCAAUACAAUGAUUGACGCGUAUGUGAAAUGCGGGAGACUUGAUUAUGCUCGAAAGCUGUUUGAUGAGAUGCGUCAGAGAGAUUUGGUUACUUGGACAUCGAUGAUUUCCGGGUAUGUUUCUGAAGGAAACGUUGCCUGUGGGUUUAGUUUGUUCAGUGAAAUGAGGAGGGAGUUGGAACCAAAUGCUGUGACAAUGCUGGUCAUGUUGCAAGGCUGUUGUGACAUUGAAAUUUCAGUUUAUGGGGAACCACUUCAUGGUUAUGGGAUUAAGAGUGGUUUACUAAAUGAUGGGUCUGUGCAGAACUCAAUUUUCAGAAUGUAUGCUAAAUUAGGUACAGUUGACCAAGUCGAAGAUUUUUUCAUCGAACUUGAUAGAAGGGAUGUUGUUUCCUGGAAUAUUCGUAUUUCCUUUUAUUCUUGGAGAGGGGAUGUUGUAAAGGUAAUAGACUUGUUUCAUGAAAUGCAGGGUGAAGUAGCACCCAGCAGUGAGACAUUGACGUUGGUUAUAUCAGCAUUAACCAAACAUGGGAUUCUUUCCCAAGGUGAAAGCUUGCAUUGCUUGGCAACAAAAAGUGGGCUUUGUGACGACGUCUUGCAAACAUCUUUGUUGGACUUCUAUGCCAAGUGCGGGGAAUUGGGAAACUCAGAUAAACUGUUUAGAGAAAUGCCUCAUAGAAACAGCAUUACUUGGGGUGCAAUGAUGUUUGGCUUUAUUCAAAAUGGCUGUUUCAAUGAGGCUGUUGGAUUGUUCGGCCGAAUGCAAGCUGCAGGUGUUGAACCUGGGGCUGAGAUACUAAGAAGCCUUGUUGAUGCAUUUGCAAACCUAGGUGCUCUCAAGUUAGGAAAAGGAAUUCAUGGUUGCAUAAUAAGGAAAUCUUUUUGUGAUGCUGAGAAGUGCAAUACUCAUCUUGAAACCUCCCUAAUAAACAUGUACAUAAGAUGCGGUAGCAUAUCUACUGCUAGGGUCUGUUUUAGUAGAAUGUUGAUCAGAGAUAUAGUGGCAUGGACAUCAAUGAUUGAGGGCUAUGGGAGCCAUGGACUUGGUUUGGAAGCCUUGAAACUGUUUGAUCUAAUGAUAAGAGAAGGAACAAAACCAAAUAGUGUCACCAUAUUAAGCUUAUUAUCUGCUUGUAGCCACUCCGGCCUUGUGACCGAAGGUUGUGAAGCUUUCUGCUCCAUGAAAUGGAAGUUCGGUAUCGAACCUGACCUAGACCAUUACACAAGCAUUGUUGAUCUGUUGGGUCGAUCUGGGAAGCUCAAAGAGGCCUUAGUGUUCAUUAUGAAAAUGGCGAGUUUUCCAGAUAGUAGGAUUUGGGGUGCUCUUCUUUCAGGGUCUAGAAUUUACGGUCGUAGAGAUGUGGGGGAAUUUGCAGCUCAGAGGCUGUUGGAACUAGAACCUGAUAAUGUCGGGUAUUAUACUCUAUUGAGUAAUACACAAGCUAGUGUUGGAGAGUGGGAUGAAGUAGAAGAGAUAAGGAGAGUUAUGAAGGAGAGGGAUCUAAAGAAGAAGCCGGGGUGGAGCUGCAUUGAGGCUGAAGAAGGAAGGAUUUAUGGGUUUGUUUCUGGGGAUAGAUCACACCAUCAAACGGAAGCAAUUUAUGAAGUGUUGGAAUAUUUAAGUAGGAUGGCACAGGGAUUUAGCUGAAAAUAAAAAAAAUGCGCCAAGGGGAGAGGUGAGAAAAAAAGCCAGGGUGGAGGGGGAUUGAAGGCUCCAGGAAAAUGGAUCUUUGGGUUUGUUUCUGGAGAUAGAUCACACCAUCAAGUUGAUGGGAUUUAUUUAGUAUUGGGAUGCGAUUUAUCAACUUUUAGAGAGCUAAUUCUCUAAUUUAGAACUGGUUGGUUUCGUUCACUAAUAAUUCAUUAACAAUACAAGCCUUUUACACAAAUUUGUUUCUUAAUACUUAAUACACUAACCCAUUCUAACUAAAAAGCUAAUCAAGGAUAACAAUUGACAGCUAAACUAGUCCUGAAUUAGAGGUUUUUAUGUGUUGAGGCUUCUGAUGAGUCUUGUUAUGGAUGAGUAGCUGAUCUGACAGAACAUUAGCUUAUUUAUUGGUGCAUAGCAUGGGACUUAAAUGCAGAGACUCAAGAUCCAAUAUAUAGAGCAAGUGGGCAUAAAUGUUGUUUUUGAGUAGUUAAUAGAUCCAAUUUCCAAAUAUGCCAUAAGAACAUAGCUUUAACCUCCUGCUUGGCUGCAACUCAUGUAAUUUUUUUUUUUUGGGUCGAAAACUCAUGUACUUGUUAAUUGAUUUUUUUAGUUUC